UUCCUUGUUCGCAAAGCUUCAUGGGAUAUUGAGUGUGUAGGAGCUUGUUGUAGUCCUCAGCGCUUUAGCAUCAGUGCUCGCGUUGUUAUGAGCCGAACAGCACGAAUAUAAAACCUCACAGCGCCUUACAUUCGGUCCGCGAGCAAAAAGUGACUUAAACCUGGAGAUGUCGGACGAGCAGGAGAUCAUGAACAAGCUGGAGAAUAUAAAAGACAUCCGUAAUAAGACGGUUCAGAUGGAGAAGCUGAAGACUCGACUCCGCUCCGAGUUUGCGACGCUGGAGUCUGAGGAGAAACACCUGCGAGAGUACAAACAGGAAAUGGAGCUGCUGCUGCAGGAGAAGAUGGCACAUGUCGAGGAGCUCCGCCUCAUCCACGCUGACAUCAACGUGAUGGAGAACACUAUAAAGCAGUCAGAGUGUGAUCUGAACAAACUGCUGGAUUCGACUCGGAGGUUGCACGAUGAGUACAAACCUCUGAAGGAGCACAUCGACAACCUGAGAGCGACGCUCGGGCUGCAGAGACUUCCGGAACUCAGCCGAGAGGAGGAGCGACUGUCCCUCGAUUAUUUUGAGAAGCACAAAGCCGAGUGGCAGACGGAACCCUCGGAGCCUCCGAUCCCAGAAUCCUUAGCGGCAGCGGCAGCAACCGCACAACAGCUUCAGGCAGCUAGGAAACAAGAUGCACGACAACCGGCAACCACUUUCCGUCAACAGCCGCCGCCCAUGAAGGCAUGUCUGUCGUGUCAUCAGCAGAUCCACCGCAACGCCCCGAUCUGCCCUCUGUGUAAAGCCAAGAGCCGCUCGCGCAACCCCAAAAAACCCAAAAGGAAACCUGAUGAGUAACAAACACACACACACACACACACACACACACACACACACACACACACACACACACACACAGAGACACACACACACAGACACACACAUACACACACAUACACACAGACACACAA